AUGACCCUAACAAGGUUAGAACGUCAACCCAAAGACAAGCUGGGUGGAUCGGUCAUGAUGCUCUUCGGUUCUCUUCUCCUGCUCGUCUUCCUCACGGACGACGUGCGCCCGGAGGAGAACUGCAGUUACCAGGACGUGUUGAACUACCUGAACAUGAGCAGCACCAACGAGCGCUUCUCCAUGAGCCGGCCUGUGAAAAACUACAGACACACCACCCCGGUGUACCUGGAGGUCGUGCUCUACGCCAUUCUAGAUGUGGUUGAGAAAGAGCAGAAGUUCAUCCCUUACGUUUGGACUGUCAUGCGCUGGCACAACGAAUACAUAUCCUGGGAUCCGAAUCAGUUUUGUGGAAUUGACAAUGUUUCACUGCCCACUGAACUUUUGUGGAAGCCAGAUCUAACUAUUGUAGAAAUGACCGAGAAGGACAAAGCUCCUCCCAGUCCGUAUCUCACCAUCAACGCUGAAGGUGACGUGGAGGUUCAGAACGUCCAGAUGUUAGUUAGCACCUGCAGGAUGCAAAUCUACAAGUUCCCCUUCGACAUCCAGACCUGCAACCUCACCUUCCAGUCGGUCAUACACGCCGCUAAGGACAUUCGGCUGCGAGCCAGUGACAACUCCUCAGAGGCCACUGAAGAGUCUCGGGAGGCGAUGCUGACGCAGUACGAAUGGUUGUUUAUCAACAUGACGGUCACACCCAGAAACUCCACAGAUCCCCUCAUCCAAGAUGUCCUUGUUUACACUAUCAAAAUGAAGAGGAGGUCAGCCCUCUAUAUCAUCAACUUCAUCCUCCCCAUCCUCUUCUUCCUCUCUCUGGACUUGGCUUCCUUCCUGAUGUCAGACACUAGCGGCGAGAAGCUGGGCUUCAAGGUCACCGUGCUUCUCGCCGUCACCGUGCUCCAACUCAUUCUCAAUGACAUCCUGCCUUCGUCGUCAGACAGGAUCCCGCUCAUAGCAGUUUACUGCAUCGGGAUCUUUACUCUGAUGAUGCUCAGCCUCCUGGAGACGAUUGUGCUGAUGUAUCUGAUUGAGAAAGACUCGGCGCCACAAGACAACGAGAAAAACAGAAGUCUGAAGAACAAGUUCAACCAGGGCAAAGACAAUUUAAACAACUCUCUUGAAGGUCUUUGUUACCAAAUCUUAUUUUGGUCUGGUGAAGCUCCUUCUGAGCUGCUGUCUAUGGCCAACAAGCGUCAGAGCAGAAAGCUGGUGGAGGACGAACGGGUCCUGGAGACGGUGUCAGGCGAGCUGAGGGAGAUGGAGAAAACUCUGAGUCUGAUCCUCAGCAGCCGGAGAGACGAGUUCAAAUCCUUCUACUGGAGCAGAAUGGCCAAAAGAGUCAACAAAGUCUUCUUCAUUUUCUACGUCAUAUCGAUCACUGUGUUUUUAUUUUGGAUCUUUUUAAUGUGGAAAUCCGAGUGAUUAUCGCAAACUGCAGCCUCAGAGCAUAUAAGCAUAUAAUAUAAUUCAAUUUCCUUAAAAAUAUGGUAGGCAAUUGUUUCCAGAGCUGCUUUCAGACUGAACUGCAUUUUCCACAAUGGUAUCUGAUGCUCUGCAGGCUCCGCCCCCUCGCCUUGAAGUUCCAGACAUUGUCCCACUGUUUCUUCAAAUGUGAAAGGCGAUCUGGAAAAUGUCUGCACCCAGUGCUCGUCACAUUUUCCAGAAAUCACGUCUGAAAACGGCUCAGGAAACAGCACAGCUUUAAACUCUGAGUCUUACAUCUCACCUCCGACUACACUACAGCUCUUCUAUCUGUAAUUCUAUACACACUGAGAAACAGCCAGAGAUCAGCCGCCUGAUGCAGAUUUUAUAAUGCAGAUCUGCAGAGGAAAUGUGCAUCAGCGGUUCGUCAUCACACUAUAACUAUAACCUAAUAACCUAUACUGUCAAAUUGUAAAGUCGUAUAUUUAUUUGACUGUGAAUAAAGAUGUACCACUUGG